CUACCACAACGCAACGCGAAGCGGUUUAUUCGUCCUCCGCUCGCCGACCUGACUACACGGCUCCCAACAGCGGAACCACGCGACCAAAACACAAGUUUAGUGAAUUAAAAAAGAAAGUUUUAAAGCGUUGAAUGAUCUUAAUAUAACCAGAAUGUCUACCUUGCUCGAAGUCUGCGGACCCCUGUCGCCGCCGUCGACGCCCCCGUUAAUGGAAAACAAAGUGGAGUUGCCUUUGAAGAAAGCUGCGUGCAAGCGCGCGGCGUCCCCACCGGCGGGCGUGGUGACGCCGCAACCGUCGGACUCGGAGGGCGAGGAGGAGUGCGGCAAGCGGGCGCGCUGCGAGCUGGCGAGGCUGCUGCUGGCGACGCCGCCGCCCGAGCCGCGGCCCUCCGUCAUCAUGCGCGCGCACAAGGACGGCACCUGCAGCCCCGAACCGCUGCCGCCGCCGCCCAAACAAAUGAACAUCCUCAAGACCCUCAAGUUUAAAAUGAACCGCAGCUAUUCGCAAAUGAAAUACAUGAGUCAGGCGCAAAGCCCGCCGCCGGUUGAAGCUCCGGCGAGUCCGGCCGCGCCUGUUGUCAAUGUUGAAGAGGCGCGAGUGCCGUCGCCGCAUGGGGAAAGUGUGAAGCCGUGUCGCGAGGAGCAGCGGGAGGCGGCACCUGCGCUGGCGACGACGCCAGGCUGGGUGCCGCUGGCGCCGCGGCCCGCGCCCGCUGUGCUGCUGCCAGGCGCGCUGCUGCCCGCCGCCGCACUGUGGCUUGUGGCCCCCGCUCCACAGGCCCGCCGCCGGCUCUACGAGUGCUCAUACCCGGGCUGCGGCAAGAACUACUUCAAGUCGUCGCACCUGAAGGCCCACGCACGCACGCACACUGGCGAGCGCCCGUUCAAGUGCGCGUGGCCGGGCUGCGAGCGCCGGUUCUCGCGGUCGGACGAGUUAUCUCGCCACAAGCGGACGCAUACGGGGGAGAAAAAGUUCGGGUGUCGCGUGUGCAGCCGCCGCUUCAUGCGUAGUGACCACCUCGCCAAGCACGUUAAGAGACACGCGAAAGAGCGCGCCCCCGCCCCCGUGCUCCGGCUACUCCCUUCACCCCCCGCCACGCUCCCCGUCGCGCACUAACGCCCGACUGACUGUGAUCCGGAUCUCAAGAUCGUUACCUAGUUAUAGCAUCUACUCAUCUCUAAGACUGUCCUAUCUAACUACUUAAGUAGUUAUAGUUCUAAGAAUAUGUUAUUGUUAGCUGUAAAGCUUGGAAAAUGUGAUUAAAAUGAAUGUUUUAUAGUA